CAUACUACCCUAAUAUCCACUAUAACCGACCAAUUGAACGACCCGGCCUAAGGGCAACAAGCCGAGGUCCACUGAGAUUACUUUGAUAGGACGGAAAAGUGACAAGCAUUUGUCCUCGGUGGACAAAAGUGUUUUCGCGAGAAAGUGCGACACAGUUAGAAUGUGGCAAACCUGAGGUUGUCGGGAAGAAGGAAGACAAAAGGGGGUUUUGCAGCUCAGUUAACGACCGACAAGUUGGAGAGUGGUUUUUUUGAUGGCCAGAACUAACGCUACAUGAAAUCCCCUCCGCGACAACCGGAACAGAGGACGAGCAGCAGCUGCGGGAGAGAGGAGACAUUUUAAGAGCAUUACCGGAUACAGUGAGGAUGUUGUCCCGGCUUCGUGAGCAGAUAUGGGCGGACUGGAUUUGGUUUCCUGAAGGCCACGGCUGGGCUGACCUGAAGGACCAUGAUGGACAGAUUUUCCCUAAAAUGCAGGACCUGUGGGUUACUAUACCCAUCGCACUGUGCUUCCUGGUCUGCAGACAGAUAUUUGAGAGGGCGGUAGCGACUCCUCUCGCCUCCCUGUUGGGAGUGACUGACAAGCAGCGUGUUCAUGCUCCUCCAAAUCCCGUCCUGGAGUCCUAUUUCUGCAACACAUCAAAGCAACCCACACAGAGCUCCGUAGAGAGUUUAAGCAAACACACCGACCGUUCAGUGCGACAGGUCCAGAGGUGGUUCAGGCGGCGGAGAAACCAGGACAGACCCAACAAGCUCAAAAAGUUUCGGGAAGCAUGUUGGAGAUUUACGUUUUACCUUGUUGCUUUCUUUGCUGGCCUGGCGGUCCUUAUUGACAAACCAUGGUUGUAUGAUAUGAAGAAGGUGUGGGAUGACUUCCCGAAAAUGCCACUGUUGCCUUCACAGUACUGGUACUACAUGAUCGAACUAGGCUUCUAUGUCUCGCUGGUUUUUAGCGUAGCGACGGAUGUUAAACGUAAGGAUUUCAAAGAGCAGAUAAUUCACCAUGUAGCCACCAUUUCCCUCAUCAGUUUCUCCUGGAUGGUGAACUACAUCCGGGCAGGGACUUUGAUCAUGUUGGUGCAUGAUGCCUCCGACUAUUUCAUGGAGUCAGCCAAAAUGUUCAACUAUGCAGGUUGGAGGAAAACCUGCAACUUCAUCUUCACCGUGUUCGCUGCAGUUUUCAUUAUCUCCCGCCUCGUAAUCCUCCCCUUCUGGAUCAUAUAUACGACGGGUGUGUACCCCCUGACCCUCUACCGCCCCUUCCUCGGCUUCUACUUCUUCAACGGGCUAAUGCUCGUGCUGCAGGCUCUGCACAUCUUCUGGGCAGUGCUCAUCGUGCGCAUGGUCGUCAAGUUCCUGCCAUGCAACGAAAUUGUCGAGGACGAGCGGAGCGAUAAAGAGGAGACCGAGUCGGAAGAUGAAGACCAUGCUCACGAGCAGAGGGGAAAGUUUCAGAACGGCCACGUGCAGAACGGCCACACUCUCCUGAACAACAAUCACAGUAAGGCGGACUGAUUGGACUGUGAGCGCUGGAGAUGAGGCUGCGUGAGGAGUGAUGAUGGGCCCUCACAUGUGGCCCUCACCUGAAAGCCAAAGAACGGGAGCGUGGCAUGUUGACAGUGCAACAGGCGGCAGCACACACACACACACACACACACACACACACACACACACACACACACACACACACCUACUCAUUUCUUUACCCUCCUUUCUGAAACCCUAGUAGUCCAAAGUGGAUCAUUUCACUUCUUUGUGGACUACAUUAACUUAAAUGGGGAGACGAAGACUGUGGUGCAGAACCACAAUGAUCUGCUUAGCACCUAAGCAGCAGAGUGGUCAUCUCAUUACACGCUCACACCUUCUCCUCUUUUCUCACCUCUCUUGUCUCCUUUUGCUUUAUGCUAAGAUUUUGUGCUGCUGACCGAGUUGCCAGAUGCCAAAUCUAGCUUUAUGUUUUGUGCAAGGGAGUGUUUUAAAGAGCUGCUGUGGUUAGGACGGGCACUCCCUUCCUGCACAGUCAGUUAAAACUCUUCCGAGUAUUAGCGCCCAUCAACCUGACUGAAUUUUGGUCUAAAUAACCACGCUGAAGUCAGUGGCAUGGUGAGGAGAUCCAAGGUGAUGUCUUUUCAUGGACCAUACGCUGAUUUAAGUCUAUUUCCUUACGGUUAAUAACAAAUUUGUGAGAUUCAGUUAUUGCAGCUGCCAGUUUGUCAUUUUGUUUUUUUUCUAAAUUUCAUUUGUUUGGAUGUUUAAAACAAAAUAAUCUGAGGUAAAUAAUGUUUUUAACAGUCUGAGAAACGUGCGAUAAGGUGCUACAUCUGCAUUGCGUGUUGAAAUGUGCCUUAAAUGGAAGUUUGUCUUGAAUGAUUUGCAAUUUUUGAGAAGCAGAACGCGCCGAGAUCAUUUUAAAUGUUUUGUUUAUGUUUAAUAUGGUUUUUAGUUGUAUGAUUUUAUUUUGUUUUGUUUUAUUUGUUUUCAGUCUAGUCAAUGGUUUAAAUUUGGGAGCAGUUUGUAUCCCAAACCAAUCGGUAACUGUUUAUGAAUUCUUUAUAGGCUGAAAGAGUCGAGCAUUUCCAUUCAGUGUUGUUUUUUCCCAUCCAUCCAAAGAUGCACUUUAUGGUUCCCUCUACAGAUCCUUGGCUAAAUAUCUUGUAAACAAGUUUAGUAAUAAUGUUUGAUGUCAAUUCAAACCAGAUUGCCUUUUUAGUUUAGAGGGUAUGAUUUAAAUUUUUGUCAUAUUUAUUCUUGUUAUUAUCUACCCAAGAUGUUUCUCGUUGCCAGUGUUUUGGUACAUUUUGUAAAAAGAAAAUAAGUUGAAUGAAAUCUUAAGUAAAGAAGUAAAGAUGUAAAAAUGAA